CUCAUACAACGAUCGACCGAAGUUAGCCACAGGCAACACGACGAUGACGACAACAACAACCAGAAGAACAACCAGAACAACGAUGACAGCGAGACACGGAUUCUUCUCGACAGCCACCGCGGUGCUGCUGCUCUGCGCAGCCCUGGUAAUGACCAAGUCCUGCGGCGUUCAGGCCCUUAGCGGUGCUGGUAGCGGUGAUUUGGCCUGGAGCGAAACAACAACGGUGGCCGAGGGUAGCGGUUGGGAGGAGACGAUCAUAACCACAGCACAGCCAGACGAAUCCACCGUGCAGGAGGAAGUGACAACGGAUGCCAUUGAGGAGCUGGACACCACGACAACAGCUGCCGAUAAUUCAGCAGAGGGUGGCGUAGAGACAACCACUGCUGCCGCUGAGGAUGCGGAAACCACGCUCAGUCCCAGCGAGCCGGAGGUAGAGACCACAGUCGCACCCAAUGAGGAGUCGUCCACAUCGAGCCCCAGCGAACAGCAGCCAACCGAUGGCCCCAGUGGAGAGCCCUCCACUGUGGAACCGACUACUGGCGGUCCCAGCGAGGAGUCAUCCACUGCCGGCCCCAGCGAACAGCCAUCCACAGCCAGCCCCAUUGAGAGCUCAUCCUCUGCCAGCCCGAGCCCCAGCGAACAGCCGUCCACUUCCAGCCCCAGCGAGGAGCAGCCAACAACUCCCGAAGAAGAGUCCAGCGCUACCACCAUUGCACCCACACCACCGGCACCGCCCGCAUUCAAGUGCGAGACGCCUGGUGUGUUCGCCCACAGCAGCGGCGACUGCCAACGCUUCCAUAAGUGCGUCCAGAAUGCUCCUUUGGGUGCGCUGAAUGAAUACGAGCUGGUGUGCCCCCCGCUGAUGGCAUUCUCGCCCGAGUACGGCCGAUGCGUGCGCGACGUCUCGGCAUGCGACAGUGAUGCAUUCGUUUGCACAUCCCCCGGACGCUUUGCAGGCAUCGACUCCAGCUACUACUACAACUGUGUGGUGAGCUUGCGCGGUGGCUAUCACAAGUACAUUGUGCGCUGCUCGCCCGGUCAGCGCUUCGAGCCAUUGAUGGGCCGCUGCUGGCGCUACGAUUGGACUGUUUACCAGCCCGGACAGGCGUAUGAGGCUGAAGAUUUGGCCGCCAUCAAGCGUGAACAGAAGGAACUGAAGACCGAGGAGAAGUUGCGCAAGAAGGCCGAAAAGCUCAAGGCCAAGGAGCUGCUGAAGCAACAGAAGCUGGCCGAGAAGCUGGCCAAAAAGGCGGCCAAGGAGAAGGCAAAGCAGGAGGCCAAGGCCAACAAGCCCGUGUCCAUUGAGAGCGUCGAGUCGCCCGAGGUGCCCAGCAUCGAAGAGUAAUCAGGCCCACUCACUCAGUCCAGUAAUUCAGUUCUAAUCUAUGUUGGUGUAUAGCGUAGUCUCACUAAGUUAUGGUUGUUAAUUGCACAAUUUUUUUUUUCUCCCUGUUUUGCAUGAAUAAAGACUAGAGCUCUUUAA